AUGGCGGCGCCGCGGAUCCAGCGAGUGGCGAUCCCGUCGGUCGAUCGGCGUAAAGAGCCGACGCCGCACGUUGUAUACGCGGUGUUUAUCCAGCUUCCGGACAGGUCAUGGACUGUAUAUAGACGCUACUCGGAAUUUGCGGCGCUGCACGCAAAACUUGCGCCGCCGCCGCCGCCGGCACCGCUCCCUCCCAAGCAGAUUGCCACGCGCUCGCUGCGGAUGCUGACCGGCCUGGGCGGGCUCAUCCCCCCCUCGGAUGCUCAGAUCCGUGCUGACGAAGAGGCGACCGACGAGCGCCGCGAAGGGCUUGAGCUGUACCUCCGUGCGAUCCUCUCGGCGCGCGACGACCGCUGGCGUACGAACCCCGCUUUCCUUACCUUUUUGCAAGUCGAAGAGGCGCCUGCAUCCCAGGAAGACGUGCGCAACGAGCCGCGCACGGACCGAAAAGCGUCCCCAGGAGCCCCCCCCACGGCGCUGCGCCCCCUGCCGCCCUCCACGUCCCUGCGCCCGUGGAGCCGGUCGCGGGCGCCGGUGACCGAGACGGACGCAACGCGCCCGCUAUCGGACGAGGAACUGCUUCACCACCAGAACGAUACCCAGAUGCAGGCCCAGGACCAGCAGGCGGAUCAGCUUGCGAAAAUUCUGCAGCGGCAGCGGCAGCUCGGACUGGCUAUUCACGGCGAGCUCAAUGAGCACGCGGAACUACUGACGCAUCUCGAUUCGGCUGUGCAGCAGACGCGAACGCGAAUGGACGCCGCCGAUGCCCAGAUUAGGCACCUGAAAUAG